CAGGCGCUGAACGCCACUGACGCACAGACUCACUGCAGGAAUAACAACAUGGCGGACAAUUCAAAAGAGCAGCUGCUGUCUAUGCGAGUUUACAACAGCCUCCAGGUAGUUUACACAUCUUUACUCUUGCACACAGAACUCACACGGUUUGGUUAUGAAAUGAUGUUAUGUAAAGCUAAUGACCAGGAUUUGAUUAAGGGCCGUGCACCACCAUUGCGGCAACUGAGGUUUCUGGAGCAGAUUCUAAUGGUGAUUCAAGCAGACUCCUCCAUAAACUCUAGGCAGAACUCGUGCUCUGGUGAUGACAGUGUAAAGAACGAUGAUCUUCUUGGGGAGCUGAUGUUUCAGGACCACUUAUCUGACCUGGAUAUGCUCCUGAAUCCAGUCUGCAACCCGUGGCCUGCGCAUAUCCGUGAAUAUCUAAUACGCACGCAGUCAACUCGCAACAAAACAAACGGAAACCACAGUAAACCCAGCGAUUUCAUAAACAGGAGUGAUCAACAUUCCCGACUAGGAAGUCAUGGAGAAGAAAGCCUGACAGAGGCCAUGGCGCUGCUGCAGUCUACCCAGAGCACAUUAGACGAGCUCCACAAAGAGUGUGAGUUCCUGCAGUCACAUUCGUCAGGUUCUGCAGCUGUGCUGUCCCCCUGUGCGCUGAAAGUGGCCAUCUCAGACAUGUCUCAGCUCAUGACAGCUUUCGGACACAUCUACAACACAGACUUUAAGGCGUACUGCCAGAGAGCCCCUCCGGCCCUCAAUUCUGGUGCAAGUGUGUUUCAGUCUGUACAUCAGCUCCUGCAUGCCUGUAAUACGGAGCUGGAGGCUCUUAAGCAGCUGUCUGAAACCUCGUUGUCUCUCACACAAACAGUGCAACAGCUGCAGACAGACAAGCGGUACUGGUCUAAAGGAGAGAAGCACACGCUGCCCGAACGAUUAGAGGAGCUAAAGAACAGAUAUGUGACUUUUCUCUCCCUUCACCAAUCAUAACCUCAAGGACUAAGCAGAAAUCUACAACCUACAGUUUGAAUUUUAAUUGGUACAUGAGGUGUAAAAUGUAAUAACACCACUAUGCUGUGCACUGUUAUGCAGAUUUAUACUAGGAAUAAAUAACAAAUUGCUGUUUGUGAACUCCAAGACAUUGAUCAAUAGGCAUUCCACUUAUAAAAUUGCCUUCAAAUAGAAUACACUUAAUAGUUAUAAACUAUAAUCCUUUCUUUACAAAAGCCUGUUAUUAGUAUGUGUAGUAGCAAACACAAGCGUAUCUUUGACUGCCAGUGUUUGAUUUGCAAUCAUGUUAUGACAUGUUUUUUUUUGUU